GACGAAUCGCGGCGCGGCAGGGGCGGGCGCCACUAUAUAAGCAGUGGUUCGCGCGCGCGCGGCCAGACGACGCCUGACGGUGAGGCCGUGAGCUGGAUGGUGGCGUGUGCUGCUGUGGCCACUCAUCCUACGAUUUCGCUGGCGGUGCCCAUGACAUCUUGCGCACUGACCGUUGAGCAGCUCAAGCAACAUCUCCUCGCCGCCGUCGAAAAUGGGAAAACCGAAGUUGCAAUUGAUGUGCUAUCCGAGCUCGAGAAGUCCUCAAUCACAAAGGAGAUUCUUGAGACUACUCGUGUCGGUGCAACAGUAAAUGAAGUACGAAAAAAGACGGCUGAAGUUUUACCAGUUGUUUCAAAGCGAUGUCGUGCGCUUAUCAAAGCUUGGCAAAAACUUGUUGAAGUUCGACCUGCUUCAAGCACAACAUCGUCUGCCAAUGGGACACCAAAUUUGGUUUCUCCCAGUCUCGCAAAAUUACAACGUCGGGUAACACCGGCUACGCCGGUAAAUAGAAGAAUAACAUCUACUGGUCUUGCAGGAAGUGCCGUGAGUAGUGCCACUGUUUCUCCUGCAAAUGGUAGCUAUGCUCCUAAGCAGUCAUCUCCGAGUAACGGAGUACUGCAUAAGUCGCAGUCUGUAGGUGCUGAUCUUGCUGCGCGUGGCGAAGAUCCAAGAAAUGGAAAGCGGAAGCUGGACGAUGCAACAGGCCAUUCGACGACUCCGUCUUCAGGAAUUAAACGUACCAAAACAGCAGUAGGCUCACUAGCCUCUCCUAUCCCUUCCACUGUCUCAGUAUUAGCUGCUCGCAAAGCUGUACAAAGCACCAAGGACUUGGUGGCUGAGCUAAGUCAGAACUUACCUGAACACAUGAGUAUAGACUCGUCUAUCCGGGAACACGAAGAAAGAGUGAAGCGUGAGCAGCAAGAUGAGGAGUAUGCGAUGCAGCUGUAUGGUGGAGCAUCAACUAGCACUCCCUAUGCGCAACCUGAGCGCAAAAAGCGAAAAUAUGAGAGAAAAAUGAAAGGCCAUGAAACUUCACAGGAAUCACCCGCAGCGAGUUCCGGACCUGGUCGUUUGAUUCUCCGCAUUCCUCGUAAUGCCCCAAUUAAGGAAGAGACCGACGAAGACGCUCAGCAGAGCUCUUCUCGACCUUUGUCUUCAUCAGCUUCAUCGCGUCCCACUAGUUCCGCAGCAGUACCGCCGAGCACUAACAAUGAAGGCAAAGGAAAGGUUGAUUGGUUGGCUAUGCUGCCAUCUUUAGAAGAGCUGCGUAUAAAAGCUGAUGAAAUGAAGGCCGCACGUGAACAACGAAAAAAUACUCAUCAUCAUCCUACAAAGGCCUAUCUCAUACACGUAAAAGAUCGUGACGUAUUAGCUUUGCCAUACUUGGACGUCCCCACUGUUCCCGACUUCAUUCAGUACAGGUAUCCAGAUCCUGCGCAAUAUUAUGCAGAAGAGAACUUUAUCUAUGGCGCUCCGCGUGACAUAUGAUCUACUAAACAACAAGAUUAUAGGCUAUAUUCUUUCCAAGCAACGGGCUUUUUGAAUGACAUUUCACCCUCGUGGGUGUUUUUAAGUAUUGAUUUUCUUUUGCGCCUUUCCGUGUUUUUAUUGUUGAUUCUCUAUGUAUAAAUGUAAAAAUAAGCUUUGUGGGCAAUUACCGAAUAUUGCUCACCUUUCUUUUUUCUUAUGAUGAAUGUUUGUUAAGCUUUGCUGAAUCGCGUAACCGGCGUUGCCUUUUUUCUGUGAUUCUAAUUUUUAGUUAUUCACUUGAGUCGCCCAUUGUUGCGGAACUGUUGAGUUUAUAAAUUUCUAUUCUGAUAAAUAAUUGAUCUCAAAUUUGCA